AUGAAAUUCUACGUGUGUGUUGUUGCUGUUUUUGCUGUUGCCUUCGCCAGCUUGUGCUUGGUGAGCGAUGCGCUGGUGGCACGCGCCCAGUACAAAAACUCAGCCUACCCCGGCAAAUGCUACAUCAGCAGCGAUCUCAUACUCUCGCCCGGCCAAAGCGGCAAGGCGCCGAACAACCCCUGCGCCAACAUCGAGUGCUUGGACAAUGGCAAUGUGGAAUUCACAAUCUGCCCUGCUGUGGCGCCACCUAAAGGCUGCAAGCAACGUGAUUUCGUCAACGCCAACCGGCCCUAUCCGGACUGCUGUGAACGCGCCUACGACUGCACACGCAGCUUUUAAGCACGAAGAAUGCGGGUGAAUCAACAAUUUCAAAAACAACAAAAAACGAUGAAAAGAAGCAUACGAAUAGAACAAUAAAAUGUAGCGGAAAACAGAUCAUCCACACACAUACACACAUAUGACUUUACACAUCGCGUACAAGAUCAUCAUAACCACAACCACCAGCCAUGGCAUACCUCCUGCAACGUCAUAUUUUAUACUUCGUAUUUAUCAUGCCUCUUCAUCGGCAAUUACAUAGUGUCAUCAUAGUCAUUUAGCCAUUUGCUUCCUCAUUGCCGUUGAGGUGUGCGUCGAGUCGCAAACACGCCUCGCCUUCUUCGGCGCCAGCUCAACACACGUCACAUACACCACUUCACACACACACAUACACAUGCAAAGCAGCAUCCAUUUAGUCACACGCUCAUCUUUUAAAGUACAAGAUGCAAUACCGGCCGCAAGCUUCGGCUGCUCUGCAACGAGCCCAGCCCUGUCUGGCUCAGCGCUGCCGGCCAGAGAACCAGCAUAUCCCUGCCAUUCUUUGUGGUGACUUCCGUGGCGGCGUACAACUACGCAGUCGCCAGUCACUUUAGUAUAAUAAUUUAAGAAAUUUUAAAAUUAUUUA